AUGCUUCAGAAUAAUACAGAUAUCGCACCAAACGAUGCGGAUAUUACAUGUUCGUCCAUAGACGAGGUAAAGCAGUUGAGAGGAAGACUGAGCCUAAAACUGUUGAAUACACUGGAUCCGUUCAUAGAAAACAUAAUAAACCAAACGCCGUUCGUAACAGGAUACUAUAUGUCGCCGGACAACAAAUGGUCACGAAUGGGAAUAGAAGGGUUCUUGUACGUAGUUAAAAGGUCGAGAAGACCACUACACAGCUUCAUCCUGAUCAAUAAAAAGUCGGAAAACCACCUCGUGGAGUAUAUCACUCCAGAAUUCCAAAUGAACCAAAACGGAAACUUUAUAUUCUACAGAAGCAAGGACGUGAAAAGACAGAACACAAUGAAUUCACUGCAAGGAUUGUGGUUCUUCGACGAGGCAGAGUGCAAGAACACGUACGAGAAGCUGAAGGAAAUAACAAACAACGCAUCGCCACUGCAAUACAAUUUCAACGCACUAAACACACUGUACGAUAACUCGGAAGAUGCGCCCUUGGUAAUAGGAAAACAAGACAAAGAGCAAACAAAAGAGUCAAAAGAUAAAAAGAUAAAGUCAAUCGGGUCAUUUCUACUGGAUUCAAUAAGCCUCAAGUCGAAAACAAAGAAAAACGAAGAGGGAACAGGACCGACGAAGCAACUGGAAAAGUUUAAAAUGGACGAGGACCCGGGCCCAGGAAGGAACAUGGGAGGAAAACACCUGAUGACGCUUCUUAAAUCAGCAGGGAAAGGAGAACCACAAAACUCAUCAGAAGAGUCGGACUCAGAGACAAUAAAAAUGAUCAACAUGAACCUAAAAGUAAUAGACUCGCCAGUGCUAUCUCAAUCGUCCACGCAGGAGCAGACUCUGACAAUAUCGUACGAAACACUCAAGUCAGCGAUCGCCGAAGUGGUAAGCAGAGAUGAAAUAGUAUCACAGGUGUGGGAAGAGUUGAAAAAACGUUCAAACGGAAUCCCAUAA